AUGGGAGGCGAGCAGACGGCUUCCCCAGAUGAUGCAGGCGGCGCUGUGGAAGCUCCCAAGAACGGCAUUCUCUGUGGUGGUGAACCAGUUUCUUACUGGUUCGACGCAUGCGAGGAUGACGCGAUGUGCGGCAUCGAUUUUUCGGACUUCGAUUCCUCAAUUGCGCCGGGGUCGGUUGUGGACUUUUCUGAUCAAACAGCAGAGGAGGGCAACUUCUUCAAGGAGUUUGAUCGAAUCUUGGAAAGCUUCAAUGAGGCUCUCCUUCACCGCCCCCCUGUCGAGGUUGGUGUACCUGGGGUGGCCGUUGCUUCAGCAGAUACUGUCAAAGGAGAUGGGUUGCUUGGACCACCGCCAAAUCGGUUUGAGAACAAUUCAAGGGCAAGAGAGUUUGUGCACGAAUGUGCCGUGACAAAUGUUACAUGUGACGUUGGUGAUAAGAAGAGAGCUUCAGAUGGGUUGGAGAAAGGCAGAAGAGACUACAGCGAAGAUGUUGGUAGGAGGGAUGAUAUGGGAGAUGGCGGGACGAGAUGCAGCAAGAGAGCACGAACCAAUGUUAUAACAGAGAACAAUGAUGCGGUACUUCUCUAUGGCCGUUACGAGCAUCUCCGAUAUGCAAACUGUAGGAGGCAAGUGCGUGACUGGGAUGAAUGUGACCAUGGUCGAAGGAGAGAGAUGGACCAAAGUAGGAAAAGAGAGAUCGAAGAUGGAGAUUGGAGGGAUAGGAGGGACAGGUGUAGAAAGCAAAGCAGAGACAGGGAUGGGAGGGACACCAGAGAUCGGGAUGUCAGGAAUAGCAGGGAGAAGAAUUUGAAGGAGAGAGAUGGGAAGGGUUUUUGGGAAAGGGACCGAUCUGGGAAACUGGUAUUCCGUGUUGGUUCCUGGGAGAACAGAGAGGAGAAGAAAAUCAAGCAGGAAGGCCUGGAGAGGGUUAAGAAGGAUGAUAAAUUAUUGGAGGAGAGAGAGAAGCCAGCUGAAGAGCAAGCUCGGAAGUACCAGCUUGAUGUUCUUGAGCAGGCCAAGAAGAAAAACACAAUCGCCUUUCUUGAGACUGGAGCUGGGAAAACUCUCAUAGCUGUGCUUCUCAUCAAGAGUAUCAAUCACAAAAUGCAAAAAAAUAAAAUAAAAAUGCUGGCUAUAUUUUUGGUACCAAAGGUUCCCUUGGUGUAUCAGGUAAACACAUCUUCAGUAGUUCUCUUUUCAGAGCCUUCCUGUUGGUCUGUUUCUCUUAUUUUUCUAUUUUUGCAGCAAGCGGAAGUUAUCAGGGAUGGAACUGGCUAUAAUGUAGGACAUUAUUGUGGUGAGAUGGGUCAAGAUUUCUGGGAUGCUCGGAGGUGGCAGCGUGAAUUUGAAACAAAACAGGUAAGGCUUUAAGUAUUUUUUGGCAUUGUUUUUGUUUUGAAUUUGAAUUCAAUUACAACCUUGGCUGCAGUAUCUGCGUUCGCUAUUUUAUAUUCAAUCACGAUGAUAUUCAAAUAUCAAUCCCGUCUUGUUGAUUCUGGUAAGCCUUAAAUUGUAGGCCAUCCUCAAACGGGAUAGGUUCCCUGAGGUCCAUUUUGAUGGCAAUCAGUCAGCGAUUAGGAUGUACUACGCAUGGCUUUGGAAUGCUAGCCAUAAUCUGCAGUUUAUCUUGACAUUGCAUAGUCCUUACGUAUUACUUUUAUGGAGGUACUGUGGCACUACGUUUGUUUCGUUGAACUGGAGUAUAGAGGACACACCCUUCGGGAAAAUGAAUACAAAGAAGGGACUGAGGCCGGGAUAUUUUAGCACAUAAGGUAGGCUGGUUUUCUGGGAAAGUGAAUGGGUGCCGGGAAUAUAUGAACCGUCAAAUUGCUCCAAUUAAAGCAUCAUGUGAUUAAAAAGUAAGAAUGAUGUAACGAGAAAAGUAAUCUUUGACGCAUAUUCAUGAUAUUUGAAUAUCAAAAUUGUAGUGAAAUUUGGGUAUGGUUAUCAUCGUGAUUGGCAAAAAAAUUGCAUGUUGAAGCAAUGAAAUUGUAUUUGACAUAAAACGUCUGUAGUAGAUAUAUCUCAUCUUAAAAUGAUAUGACCGUACAGAGGAGUACAUUCCAGAGGAGCAAUGCAUUAUGGCAUUAAAUACAGCGUCAACAUUUUUUGGGAGUUAUGCCUUGGAAACCAAAUGAUUUUGUAUCAUGCAACCUCGUAUUAAUUUGCAUCUACAUUCCCUAUAAGCUGUAUGAAAUUUACAGUUGAGACUUUAUCGAAAAUCCUAUUAUUCAUUUCGUUAUAAGUUGAAUUAUUUUAUGUCAUUUCCCAUGUAUUAACCUGUCUUUGAUUUCUUCCAAGAAAUGACACAUCUAAUCCUGAAUAACCCCUCUAAGGGAGUCCAGGGUAAACAUCUAUAAAGAGGUUGAUUAAUCAAACAGGACGGUGGAAACUCUUUAUUGGAAACAGAUUAUUUCUAAUAACUUAUUGAAUCUAGAAGCCAUUCUCUAAAUGAAAAGAGUUCAUAUGGUGAUGCUGCUUUGUUGCACAAACAUUUUAGUUUUGUGCGUAGUGCUUUUCGAGAUUGAAGGGGGACACUUUUUUUAUUCCGUUUUUCUUUCUGAUUUUGAAAGAAUAUUUUAAGGGGGGAAGUUAACAUUUUAUCCUUGUUGGUCUCAAAUUUGUCACAUCAAAGUUGGUCUUUCACAAACAUGAACUACGGAAACUUCUCCUUAUGAGAGAAGAAGUUUAUAUUUAUGACGUUUUUGAGCUCAAAAGUACGCUUUUUAAGUAUUCUGUAGGGGACAACUUAAUUGACAUUUGAACUGACGGCUACUACAACUCAUAUAUGAUCUCAUCCUGUCGUAAUUAGCACAAUUCUUGAAUUUGGUUUUAUUAGGUUAAAAAAAAUGCCUUGUUGUAAUUAUCAGUGUCCAAGGCAUUGUGACUACAUUGAUUUGUUAUUCAUACCUUCAGGGUUGAAGUGGGUAGCUUCCCGUGUUCCAAAUGGGGAAAGGCAGAAUGGGAGUCAAGAAUGACACAGAUUUAUCCUAAAAUGUCACGUCCUUAUGCAGAACCUGGUGGAAAGGACAUUUCUGUCGUGGAGUGUAAAUCGCUAAACAUUUUCAGCUCCUAAUAGGAAAAUAAUUAAAUGUUUAACAGAGGUUCAUGCACUGCUCAACACCUUAAAUGGACUAUUGUUAUUUGUUUGUAAGUAGCUUCUUUUGCCUCAUCUCCCUGUUCUGUUUUGAUUUUUGGUACGUUGAAGGGAUGGAUUUUAUACCUGAUGCCUUUGUCUUAAUGUUAUGCAGAUGCUAAUUGACAUCCUGAUCUUCAUCUGCAGGUGCUUGUUAUGACUGCUCAAAUUUUGUUGAAUAUCCUGAGACACAGCAUAAUAAAAAUGGAAGCAAUCCAUCUUCUUAUUUUGGAUGAGUGUCAUCACGCUGUAAAGAAACAUCCAUAUUCACUUGUGAUGUCUGAAUUCUAUCACACAACUCCAAAGGAUAAACGACCUGCUGUCUUUGGCAUGACAGCUUCUCCUGUUAACUUGAAAGGUGAACGUCAUGACAUAAUGUAGUGGAGAUAGUUCCUGUUUAUUCAUUUUAUGUUCAGUAUUUUCUGUUUAUGCAAUUUACAUGUAUGUCAAUCGGUCAUUUUCAUCCCGUUUUUCAAUGCCCAAUUUAUCAUAAAUUGUUUAAUCGUUUUGAACAAUUAAUUUCAUUCUAUCAUGUUGCUAAUAAUUUGUCUGAUGCAUGACAGUUUAAAUUGAAUCGUUUUAGCACCCUUGGUACUCUCUGAUGCCCUUCGGGUUAGCCUUUAGUUUUGCUUGUCGUAUUAUAAUUGAAAAUUGUCUUUCAUGGAUUUAUUUGUCUGAUGGAUUAAAGUUGCAUCCAGGAUUUUUUCUCCCCCAUGUACCAAUGCAUAAACUUUGUGCCUAGUGGUUAUCAAAAGAGCUGUCAGUGUACCUUUGAGACAACAGCUAUGAUAAAAAACUAUGGGAUAAUUUUCUUUGCUCGAAAGGUAAAUAGACCUAAAUGAAAAAGUAUACCUAUGUUAUUGGGUUGAGUAAAGUAAAUGUAUAGCAAUAAUUUGAUUUUUUUUGUUUAACUGAAUUUUAUCAAGCUUCCAUUGAUUGUAAGAUACAUUUUUUUGUUUAAUUUGAUUUUUCGCUUGCUGUUUUUUCUAAUAGAAUGAUAAGAUUCUCCCUUUUGACGAAGUGUUUAUAUAUUUUGUUUUGACGCAUCCCAUGGUGUUCGUUUUGGUAUAUUUCAUAUUGUUUUGUUAAACAUUUAUACUUUUUACAUCCACGAUUUUCUUGAACAUCAGAGUGUGCUCUUAUUGUACUUCUUCUGCAGGGGUUUCUAGUCAAGAAGAUUGUGCCAUCAAGAUCCGAAAUCUUGAGAGCAAACUAGAUUCUGUUGUAUGUACGAUAAAAGACCGGAAGGAGCUUGAAAGGCAUGUUCCGAUGCCCUUGGAAGUUAUUGUGCAUUAUGAUAAAGCUGGUAGUCUAUGUUUUCUUCAUGAUCAAAUUAAACGAUUAGAAGCUGAAGUUGAUGAAGCUGCACAUUCGAGUUCCCGAAGAAGCAAAUGGCAGUUCAUGGGUGCUAGAGAUGCUGGAUCUAAAGAGGAAUUACGCUUUAUUUAUGGUGUCUCUGAGAGAACGGAGAGUGAUGGAGCUGCUAAUCUUAUUCAGAAACUGAGAGCCAUCAAUUAUGCUUUGGGUGAACUAGGGCAGUGGUGUGCUUUUAAGGUAUACGAUGAGAAACUGACAUCUCUUACAUUUUUCGACAAUUAUUCAGAGAAUAAAUCAUCAAUUUUUUUUUGCAGGUUGCUCUGUCAUUUUUGACGGCUUUGCAGAAUGAUGAGAAGUCAAAUUAUCAUCUUGAUAUUAAAUUUCAAGAAUCAUACCUGAGAAAAGUGGUAGAGUUAUUGCAAUGUCAAUUAUCUGAAGGAGCUGCCCUUGAUAAAGACGUUAAAGGUGAAGUCAAGGUGAGUGCUGAUGCCCAAGUGGAGGAAGUUGAAGAGGGGGAGCUGCCAGAUAGUCAUGGUGAGUAUUGCUUGCUGACUUUCUAACGGAUUCGCUUUUUUUUUUUGGAAGUAUUUAGGAAUGUUUGUUAUUUUGUCUUCCUUGACACUGUUGCAUUCAACUCUCAUUUUUUAUGAUUGGCGAGGACAUGUGGUGGAUGAAUUGGGUUAUUUAUGAAUCGAACAAUUUGAAGCGUUAUAAAAUUAUUUACGAUCACUUUUUUUGACAUUUAAAAUUAUUGGAAUGUAAUGUUGAUCCGUUUCAUCCGUUUUCAAGACGUGGCAGGCUGUGGCAAUUGUAGAGAAUUGUUUUUUUCUAUGCAGACGUCUUUAUUUGCCUACUCAUGAGAUGAAUUUGGAACUGUCAUUUGAUGGAAAAUUAAUCUGUGAAUUACAUGGAGAUGGUGCAAGAUUACCAUGACGGCUUGCUGUGAUGCAAUAUGUGCAGAGAUAAGUAGUACAAUAACUAUGAGAUACAUAGUUAUUGUUUUUUGGUACUUGCUGUUUUCAAUUCAUGAAACGUCUGCUUGAGAUAGCACAAAAAUGAUUAUUUUUGGUUAUUUUUAUGAUUGAUACAAUUGAAAAUACUGCAAAUAUGAUAUUCUUGCAUUCAAUUCGCGUUAUUCCAUGCUUUGUGAACGCAGAUUCUCUUCCCAUAAUUAAAAAAAUAAUGCCAUAGGUUUUACUUUUUAAAUCAUUUAUGUUCCUGGGAUCAUACGAUUUUUAAAAAUGGAAACCACCAUCUAAUACUAGAUUUUGGCUAAUGCGGUAGGCUGAUGUUAUUCUGGCUAUACUCAAAAUUACUCUCCGGGCUGGUAAAUUAUUUUUAGAAACAUGGAGGAGAGACUAUUUCAUGUGAUCUCUGUGAACAGUAGACUGUUUUCAAUAUACAGUGAAACCAAUGAUUGGGUGUUGUAUGAGGUCGGAAUCGGGGAUUCUGCCCCAGUCGUCUGCUUGGAGUGCACUCACCCAUAACUUUUUUCAAUGUUAGAAUCAGAAAUAGUGUGCAUUGAUACUUAGCCCCAUCACUCCUUUUGAUAUGAAAAUAUUUUUUUCUGAGGUACUUGGAAAAUUUGAAACUUCCACCAUAUGGGAUAAGUUUGUGGGCUUGCAGUGCGUUGGUCUGGCUUGUAUAAAAUGGCAGAAGUUGCAACUCAAUGAGUGCUUGUUGGGGUGGCCUUUGAUGUCUUCCAUCCAUUGUUUUGCCGAUAAUGUCGAAGAUUUGUUUUUACUGUACAACACAAACAUUUUUCUUUACUCUGUUGUGUGCAGGACAACAGAGGAGUUAUCCAUGUACCGUAGAUUCUUUCAUAUGUUUGUUUCAAUAUUAAAUAUGCUGAUAGCUCUUGGCUGUGCAUUGCAUGUGACGCGGUACAUGAUUACCUUCUAUAAAUUGUUUGAAGGAUCCUUCUUGACGCUAUUCGUCAACAAACACAAUUGUAACAUUCUGUCUACAAGCUGUUGUUUUGCCCAUGUUUUUGUUAGAUUGAGUUAUAUUGUCAAGUUAUAGGAUAAUUUUCUAUUAUUUAUACUGUGUACUAUACUGUAUACACAACUUUUCUGCAAACCGUAUGUUUUUUCUUGUCGCUGAGAUUUUUGGAUUGGCUGUUAGUUCUAUCUGGUGGCGAGCAUGUGGAUGUGAUAAUAGGGGCAGCUGUGGCAGAUGGAAAGGUCACCCCAAAGGUGCAGUCUCUAAUUAAAAUACUUCUAAAAUACCAACACACAGAAGAUUUUCGUGCAAUUAUCUUUGUAGAACGAGUUGUUGCAGCAUUGGUUCUUCCAAAGGUUUGGCUCAGCUUUUUGUUUUUCUGUCCUCGUUUGCUUGAUUGAAUUGAACUGCUCAAAUAAAAUCAUUUUUAUUCUUUUCUGUGUUUCAGCUCUUGUCAGAGCUACCGUCCCUGAAUUUCAUCAAGUGUGCGAGUUUGAUUGGACACAACAAUAAUCAAGAAAUGCGUACAUGUCAAAUGCAGGAUACAAUUGCUAAAUUUCGUGAUGGUCGGGUACGGAUAGAGAUUCUUAAUUCUAACAACUUCAUAUCGCUUUGUUAAUCUUAAAGAUCUGUAAAGAUUCUUUCUAACAAUAGUUAUGCUGUGUUUUUGUAUCUGACAUUUAGGUUACCGUAUUAGUUGCCACUAGUGUUGCAGAAGAAGGACUUGACAUCCGGCAGUGCAAUGUUGUUAUUCGGUUUGACCUUGCAAAAACUGUCUUGGCUUACAUUCAAUCAAGAGGUCGUGCAAGGAAACCAGGAUCUGAUUACAUUCUGAUGCUUGAAAGGUAUUGAAAUGAUUUUCGUACUAGAAUGUUGUUUAGUUCAGACAGAUUUUUUUGGUUAGUAUUAUUAACCCAGCAAGCUUAUACCAGGGGAAACCUGUCACAUGAAACAUUUUUGAGGAAUGCAAGGAAUAGCGAGGAGACAUUGAGAAGAGAGGCUAUAGAGAGGACUGAUCUCAGUCAUCUUAAGGGUUCAUCAAAACUGACUUCAGUUGAUAUGUUACCCGGGUCAAUAUACAGGGUGGAGUCAACUGGUGCAAUUGUUAGUCUUAAUUCUGCUGUUGGACUUGUCCACUUGUACUGCUCCCAGUUACCCAGUGACAGGUAGUAGUUAACACCUUUUUCUUGAAUAGUUGUCCACUUGUAUUGCUCCCAGUUACCCAGUGACAUUGCUGAAGAAUGUCAGAUGCAUGGAUUGGUCCUUAUGCAUAAGGUGUUUAAUACAUUUUUAUCUUGCUUUUAUGAGGUUUGAGUAAUCGUCGCCUAUUCUUUUCAUUGAUGUUCAGAUAUUCAAUACUCCGUCCUGAGUUUAUCAUGGAACGACAUGAGUCACCAGGUGGUUCAACUGAAUACUCAUGCAAACUUCAGCUUCCUUGCAAUGCACCAUUUGAAAAACUUGAGGGCCCUAUAUGCAGUUCAAUCCGCCUUGCACAACAGGUCUGCUAACCCGCGUAAAGCUUGCAAAUUUUUUAUUUUGUGUUGUCAUACUUUGCAAAUUUGAUUGCCUUUUCAUUUAAAAUUAUCCAUGUUACCUUGUGAAGGCUGUUUGCUUGGCUGCAUGUAAGAAGCUCCAUGAGAUGGGGGCAUUCACCGACAUGCUUUUGCCAGACAAAGGUAGUGGUGAUGACGAUGAGAAAAUUGAACAGAAUGACGAAGGUGAUCCUCUCCCUGGGACUGCACGUCAUCGAGAGUUCUAUCCUGAAGGUGUAGCGGAAAUUCUUUUUGUGAGUUCCACCUUACACGGUUUGCCUUUUGGUCUUGUUUCCGGAUAUUUUCAGAUUUGUUCAUUCAUGAAGAGCCUUGUUAUUGUGACUUAUGGCUACUUUUUUCUGAACCAUCUUUCAAAACUAAAAUCUACUUUUCAUAGUUACGCCGCUGUUGUCUCUUUGAUCUCAUGUUUUGACUCAUUCGGAUUUGAUGGUCUGUGAUGAAAAUUAGUUAUCAUUUGGUGUAUUCAUGUUCAAAGAAAUCUGAUUACCCUUGUAUGGAUGCAAAAGGGAUAUGUGCCCUUUUUAUGCAAUAUAUCUGUUGACUCCGUAUAUGGCCAUCAGUGGUCUUCUCCUGGUGUACACGAUAAUGGGACAAUGUUUACACUAUUUAUGUGUUUCUUGACAUUGGUCUGCUUCUAAGUUAUUUUUGACAUUAGAAUCAAAUAUCUUCUGCAGGACCCUAAAAGGGAAUUCAUAAUACAUUUUCUUGGUAUUUAUUCUUCUUUAGUCUUGCUAGUAUUUAGCAGUUUGUUAUGGACGCAUGUUUCGUCAACAUUCAGAGUUGAAAUUUUGGGUCGUGGGCCAUCCCAGCCUUUCCUUGUCCCAGAGAAUGGAAGGAGAACGCGAAGGGUGAAAGACCGGGAAAGAGAAUAAAAUUAAAAAUUAAUAGAAAUACAAGAGAAAAUAUUAAAAUAGGAGAGAGGAGGCAGGAUGAAUUAUCCUUGUAAUGAGUGGCGAACUGUCAGCUAAUCCAGCUGAUGAUAUGUUUUUCUCAUCCGUGUUGAUGCUAUUUCGUUACUACAUUUGCAUCUUUUUAGUGUUGUUACGUGCACCCUAAUUCCUCUUUUAUAGUUGCACAGUGGUUUGAACAUUUUGUACUUAAUUUAUUUGAAGUUUUAUAUAGUGUAUAUAUUCUUAAUUAGGAAAAUCUUAAUGUCAUUUUAAGUAGUUAAAACGACAAGUUUCUAGGAACUCCUUAACGUGACAUAUGUGCUGCUUAGAGGGGUAAGUCGUUUCAUUUCAGAUGUGAGCAUUUCAUUCUACUUGUGUAAUUGAUCGACCUAAUCAGUUUCCGUUAGUGAAAGUUCUGAUGACUCUUUUUUCUCUUGAGGCUAACCAGUCCAAGUUUAUUUUGUACCUAUUUUCUUUUUUUUAAUCUCAAUCAAGAUCUUAAGUAUCCAGAACAGUUUCGGUCCUUUUUGUCUGUCCCUUUUGCUAAUCCUGGGUGGUAGUUGAAAUAGGAUAUGCCUAAACUUUAUGUACUCCUCCACAUUUAAAUGUCUUUGUUGCCCUUGAACUUUUAGGGUCCGUCUAAAAUUUCUAUUACUUAAUCCACUUAUGGAUGCUGAACUGGAUAUUCUGGAAUCGAAUAAACUCGAGUACUUGGUUAGAAUGUUCCUACAUCAGCACCAAGAGUGAGUGUGUAAUAUGGGUUUCUCGACAUCCCUGUAAAGUCAGGUGGAGCCUUAUGGUCUUUCUGCUUUUGCCUCGUGUGAUCAGCUUAUGUUGGUGUUUUAUCUUUUUUUUCAUGCUGCAGAACAUCUAUUUUACGGCACUUCUCAUCCGUUGAGUUUUGCUGCUGCUCUACGAUCCUCUUCUAGUCUUGUUUUGUUAGGACUGAUUUGGUUUGGCGUGCUCUGUUUCGACCAGAGACAUGUCUUUAACCCUUUCGAUUGAAUUGUAAUUUUUCAGGGAGAAUGGAUUUUAUCUCGGGCAGAUGGUUACACAAGUUCGCAACCUCUUCAAUUAUAUGUGUACAGUGUGAAAUGUGUAAACAUUGGCACUUCCAAAGAUCCGUUCCUCACAGAUGUUUCAGAGUUCUCUGUUCUUUUUGGCAACAAGCUCAGUGAGGAGGUAUCCUUAACCUUACUUACGUAUUUUUUAUGAAAAUGAUUUACUUUGUCUAAUGGUGAAUGAUUUGCAGGUGCUAUCUAUGUCAGUAGAACUCUUUGUUGCUAAGACGAUGAUUACAAAGUCAUCUCUUGUCUUCAAGGGCGCCAUAAAUAUUACCAGAACACAGGUUAGUUGGUUGUUUACAAGGAUAAGCAUAACUUUGUGAAGAUCAUAUUUGGUUGCACAUUUUCUUAUUCUCUUGUCAUGUUUCUUUACUGUAGCUAGUUUCUUUGAAGAGCUUUCACGUUCGACUUAUGAGCAUUGUCCUUGAUGUGGACGUUGAUCCCUCCACUACUCCAUGGGAUCCAGCCAAAGCAUACUUGUUUGUCCCCACAAUAAAUCAGAAGCACUUAGAUCCUUUACUAGAAAUUGAUUGGGAUACAGUUGAACAGAUUGUUGGCAGUGAUGCAUGGAGUAACCCUCUUCAGAGGGCACGCCCAGAUGUGUACCUUGGUACCAAUGAGAGGACGCUCGGGGGUGAUAGAAGGGAGUAUGGAUUUGGUAAGUUACGGCAUGGAAUGUCUUUCGGACUCAAAGCUCAUCCGACGUAUGGUAUCAGGGGAGCGGUUGCACAGUUUGAUGUUGUGAAAGCUUCUGGCUUAGUUCCCAGUUGGGAUGUUGGAGCAAAUGGCAAUGGAGAUAUGAUCCGAGGGAAAUUAUCGAUGGCUGACUCUUAUAUCCAUGCUGAAGACCUUGUUGGUAGAAUUGUAACUGCUGCACACUCUGGAAAAAGAUUUUAUGUGGACUCUAUAAGAUAUGACAUGAAUGCAGAGAAUUCAUUUCCAAAGAAAGAGGGUUACCUGGGACCCUUGGAGUAUGGCUCCUAUGCUGACUACUACAGGAAAAAGUAUGAUUCUACUCUCCAAGAUGUUGAUCUUUAAUAUAUUGUUUUGCUGCCUUUUGUAUAACAUUAUAACUCAGGAAGUAAACACGUGAAUCCUCCGUUACAAAAUUCUGAUAUUCUUCAUAUUUUGCAAUUCGGUAACAUUGCUCCCACCCAUAGAGUUGUACCGAGUCGGCAAAUCCUCCACAAAAUUCAGAUAUUCUUCAUAUUUUUUAAUUUCCGUUUCUGUGGCUAGUUAUAUGACCAUGCUGUGCGUCAGGAAUGGAUAGCCACAAUGUACCUUAACUGUUGAGCUAGAAGAAGCUUGAAGGUCUUUCCUGCGACGAAGAAGUAGCUUUCCACUGUUCAAUGCGGAAAAGAUUAUACAAGUUUUCACAUUGACAGUGGUAGCUAUUUCUUCGAAGUAGUAGGAAAGGUCUUCAUGCUUCAUGCCCAACAGUAAGGUGCAUUUUGGUCUGCCCAUUUCUGCUUUGUUUUCAUUCCAGGUACGGUGUAGAGCUGAUGCAUAAAAAACAGCCUCUGUUGCGUGGAAGAGGCGUUUCAUAUUGCAAAAAUCUGCUUUCUCCGAGAUUUGGGCAUUCGGAAGGUAGCUAUGAUGUCACUUCUUUGGUUUAUAUACCUCCUAUCUUUAAUCUAGACACUUUUUUUUUUAACCCUUGUUUGGGUUGUUGUGCAGAAAAGGACAAUGAAUCCAAGGAGGAUCUGGACAAGACAUACUAUGUAUUUCUUCCUCCUGAGCUUUGCCUUGUCCAUCCUCUUCCUGGACCCCUUGUUCGAGGUGCACAGCGAUUGCCUUCAAUAAUGAGGAGAGUCGAGAGUAUGCUUCUGGCGGUUCAACUUAAGGACUUGAUUGGUUAUCCUGUGCCUGUUGCAAAGGUUUCCUUCCUUCAAUAACCCUGCAUAAACUUGCCAUUAUUUUCUGAUGCUUACGGAUUUUGUGAAAUAUUAAUUUCAGAUAUUGGAAGCCUUAACCGCUGCAUCAUGUCAAGAAACUUUCUGCUAUGAAAGAGCAGAGCUCUUGGGGGAUGCUUAUCUGAAGUGGGUUGUCAGCAGGUAUCUUUUUCUCAGAUAUCCGCAGAAACAUGAAGGCCAGCUCACAAGAAUGAGACAACAGAUGGUUAGUAAUAUGGUGUUAUAUCAGUAUGCUCUUAAUAACGGACUUCAGUCGUAUAUUCAGGCAGAUCGUUUUGCUCCAUCAAGAUGGGCGGCUCCUGGGGUGCCCCCUGUCUUUGAUGAAGAUACAAAGGAAUUAGAACCCCCUCUAUCUGGCCAGGGAACCUCUAACACUGAGGUCGACGUCCAGACGGGGGGGUUAUAUGAUGAUGAUUUUGAUGAAAGGGAAGACGGUGAGCUUGAGGGUGAUUCUGGUUGUUACAGGGUUCUCUCCAGCAAGACGCUGGCUGAUGUUGUUGAAGCAUUAAUCGGUGUCUACUACGUCGAAGGUGGGGAAAACGCUGCGAACCAUCUCAUGCAGUGGAUCGGCAUUCAGGUAGAUUUUGGCAUGCAAAUCAUGGAUUCUAUGAACAAGCCCUACAAUAUAUCAGAGAGCGUAAUGAGGAGCAUUGACUUUGAUGGAUUGGAAGGUAUUUUAAAUUUGAGGUUCAAUAACAAGGGCUUGUUAAUGGAGGCCAUCACUCAUGCUUCCAGACCAUCAUCUGGAGUCCCAUGUUACCAAAGGCUGGAAUUUGUUGGCGAUGCAGUUCUUGACCACCUGAUCACCAGUCAUCUGUUCUUCACUUAUACUGAUCUGCCCCCAGGUCGCCUUACUGACUUGAGAGCCGCGGCUGUGAACAAUGAGAAUUUCGCUCGGGUGGCUGUGAAGCAUAACCUGCAUGUGCACCUUCGACAUGGCUCGACUGCCCUUGAAGCCCAGGUGCUGACUCCUAGGCCAAUAACUUCUACGCUGAGAAACCUUCAAGCUUCCCCUCUAGUUAACUUGCUUGUGCAUUUACCCUCGUGCAUCACAGAUCCGGGAAUUCGUUAAGGACGUUCAAGAUGAGCUUUCGAAACCGGGUCUGAAUUCUUUCGGCCUGGGAGAUUGCAAGGCUCCCAAGGUCCUGGGUGACAUCGUAGAGUCCAUCGCCGGUGCCAUCUUCCUUGACAAUGGAUGUGACCCGUCCUCUGUGUGGAAGGCAAGCUUCCGAUCUGCUGCCAACCCCCUCUCUCUCCUCUCCUCUCCUUUCCUCUCCAAUGCACAUCCCUGCUCGUCUUCUUGAUCCAUUUGUUUAACAAGGUUUCUUUGUUUGCUGCAACCCGAGUUGCAGGCGUUUCAGCCCCUGCUGCAUCCUAUGGUGACCCCAGAGACCCUCCCAAUGCACCCGGUGAGGGAGCUCCAAGAGCGGUGCCAGCAGCAGGCGGAGGGACUGGAGUACAAGGCCACCCGCGCGGGCAAUGUGGCCACCGUCGAGGUCUUCGUGGACGGCGUACAGAUCGGCGUGGCCCAAAACCCGCAGAAGAAGAUGGCCCAGAAACUGGCGGCCCGGAACGCGCUGGUGGUAUUGAAGGAGAAGGACAAGACGAGGCGGGAGGAGGCAGAGGAUGGGAAGAGGUCGUCGGGGCAGGUAUACACCAGGCAGACGCUGAACGACAUCUGCCUGCGACGGCAGUGGCCGAUGCCGCAGUACCGCUGCGUCAACGAGGGCGGCCCCGCGCACGCCAAGAGGUUCGUCUAUUCGGUUCGCGUGAACACCUCCGACCUUGGAUGGACCGACGAGUGCGUCGGAGAGCCCAUGCCCAGUGUGAAGAAGGCCAAGGAUUCCGCCGCCACCCUUCUUCUCGAGCUACUAAACAAACGCUGA